CCACCCGCUUAACGACUAGAUGGAGGGAGAUUGAAGGUGAGGGAGGCGGUGCCUUUAAGGGGUCUGGGAGCGGCGCUCGAUGGCUCCGCGCUCCAUCGAUUUCUUCGGGCAGCAGCUAGAGGUGCCUGUUCCGGCCGGACGCGGAGGCGCUGCCGGGAGCGGAGCUGCCCCAGGUGCCGGAUACGAACGCGGCGGCGGCGGCCGAACAGAUAAAAGCAACUUGGUUUUCAGUAAGUGAAUCGACAUCAUGUCUCGAGCACGGCAGCCCCCACUUGUAACUGGUAUCUCCCCCAAUGAAGGCAUCUCCUGGACAAAAGUGACUAUUAGAGGAGAAAAUCUGGGGACUGGGCCUGCAGACCUCAUAGGAUUAACAAUCUGUGGGCACAACUGUCUGCUAACUGCUGAGUGGAUGUCUGCCAGUAAAAUUGUGUGUCGAGUUGGACAGGCUAAAAAUGACAAAGGAGACAUUAUUGUUACUACAAAGUCUGGUGGCAAAGGAACUUCAACGGUUUCCUUCAAACUGCUUAAACCUGAAAAAAUAGGUAUCUUGGAUCAGUCUGCUGUCUGGGUGGAUGAAAUGAACUAUUAUGACAUGCGCACUGAUAGGAAUAAAGGGAUUCCCCCCCUGUCCCUACGUCCAGCUAAUCCGCUUGGUAUUGAGAUAGACAAAGGCAGAUUUCCUCAAAAAGAUUUAGAGGCACUGUUUCCUGGGAUGAGUGCUGAUUUUACUAGUGAAAACUUUUCUGCUGCCUGGUACCUGAUUGAGAAUCAUUCAACAACAAGUUUUGAUCAGCUCAAAAUGGCUGUUGUGAAUUUGAAGAAACAAGCCAAUAAGAAAAAUGAAGGAAGUCUAGCUUACGUGAAAGGAGGUCUCAGCACAUUUUUUGAAGCACAAGAUGCUCUGUCAGCAAUUCAUCAGAAACUGGAAGCGGAUGGAACGGAAAAAGUAGAAGGAUCCAUGACGCAAAAACUGGAGAAUGUACUGAACAGAGCCAGUAAUACAGCAGAUACCUUAUUCCAAGAAGUGCUGGGUCGCAAGGACAAAGCUGAUUCAACAAGAAACGCUCUUAAUGUUCUUCAGCGUUUUAAAUUUCUUUUCAACCUUCCCUUGAAUAUUGAAAGAAAUAUCCAGAAGGGUGAUUAUGAUGUGGUUAUUAAUGACUAUGAAAAAGCCAAGUCACUGUUUGGAAAGACAGAGGUUCAAGUAUUCAAAAAAUAUUAUGCUGAAGUUGAAACUAGAAUUGAAGCUUUAAGAGAACUUCUGUUGGAUAAGCUGCUUGAAACUCCAUCAACAUUGCAUGAUCAGAAACGUUAUAUAAGAUAUCUUUCUGAUCUUCACGCGCCUGGGGACCCUGCUUGGCAGUGCAUUGGUGCUCAACAUCAGUGGAUUCUGCAGCUCAUGCACAACUGUAAGGAGAGCUAUGUUAAAGAACAAAAAGGCAGCUCAUUGCUCCACAGCCCUAUGCUGGAUCUGGACAGUGAUGUGCGUCCAUCACCAAUUGGCCAUCUCAGUCAAACUGCUUCAUUGAAAAGGGGCAGCAGUUUUCAGUCUGGCCGUGAUGAUGCUUGGCGAUACAAAGCUCCUCAACAAGUUGUGUUUGUUGAAAAGCUGACAAAACUUGUUGUAAGUCAGCUGCCCAACUUCUGGAAGCUCUGGAUUUCUUAUGUGAAUGGAAGUUUAUUCAGUGAGACUGCUGAAAAAUCUGGCCAAAUGGAAAGAUCAAAGAAAAACGCAAGGCAAAGACAAAAUGAUUUCAAGAAAAUGAUUCAGGAAGUGAUGUACUCUCUGGUAAAACUUAUCCGUGGAGCUUUGCUUCCAUUCAGCCUCAGAGAAGGAGAAUCAAGACAGUAUGGUGGCUGGGAGAUGAAAUCUGAGCUUUCUGGCCAGUGGCUGACACAUGUUAUCCAGACAGUAAGGCUUAGUUACGAGUCUCUAACUGCACUUGAGAUACCCAAUGAUAUGCUUCAGAUCAUCCAGGAUCUUAUUUUGGACCUUCGCGUACGUUGCGUUAUUGUGACCUUACAACACACAGCUGAAGAUAUAAAGAGGUUAGCUGAAAAGGAAGACUGGGUUGUUGACAACGAGGGUUUGACAUCAUUGCCAGCCCAGUUUGAACAGUGCAUUAUACAUUCCUUGCAAUCUCUUAAAACCGUGCUAGACUGCAAACCUGGAGAGGCCAGCGUUUUCCAGCAGCAGAAAACACAGGAGGAUGUGUGCCAGCUGAGCAUUGGGAUCAUGCAGGUCUUUAUAGACUGCUUGGAACAGCUGAGCACCAAACCUGAUGGUGACAUAGAUACAGCACAUCUUUCAGUUGAUGUUUCAUCUCCAGAUUUGUUUGGAAGCAUUCAUGAAGACUCCAGUCUUUCUUCAGAACAGAGACUUUUAAUUGCACUCAGUAACUGCCGUUAUCUGGAACGUCAUACCUUCCUAAAUAUAGCUGAACAUUUUGAGAAACAUGGCUUUCAAGGUGUUGAAAAAAUAACUCAAGUUACUAUGGAAUCCUUGAAAGAGCUGGAUCAAAGACUGUUCGAAAUGUAUAUUGAAUUCAAGGCAGAUCCUAUAGUUGGGUCAUUAGAACCUGGCAUUUAUGCAGGAUAUUUUGAUUGGAAAGAUUGUCUUGUUCCAGCAGGUGUCAGAAACUAUUUGAAAGAAGCAUUAGUGAAUAUCAUUGCUGUGCAUGCAGAGGUGUUUACAAUUUCCAAAGACUUGGUUCCUCGAGUAAUGUCAAGGGUUGUAGAAGCAGUCUCUGAAGAACUGAGUCGACUGAUGCAGUGUGUUUCAUCCUUCAGCAAAAAUGGAGCUUUACAGGCAAGACUUGAAAUCUGUGCUUUGAGAGAUACCGUGGCCAUAUACCUAACGCCUGAAAGCAACUCAAGCUUUAAGCAAGCUUUGGAAGCCUUGCCUCAGCUCUCAAGUGGAACUGACAAGAAGUUCUUAGAAGAGUUGCUAAACAAAUUUAAAAGCAGCAUGCACUUGCAGCUGACCUGUUUUCAAGCUUCUUCUUCAGCAAUGAUGAAAACAUAGACAACAAUGCAGGCAACUCAAAAAGUUAUUGUGCUUAAAUGUCUGUACUUCUUCAAUCCCUUUGAAGACUCUGAAGAAAACAAAAGGAAUUUCACUGGAAAGGAAAUUGAAGAUACAACCAUGAGUAAUGGCAUUGGGUAUCCUCCUCAGUGAGACUUCUGGACAUGAAUAUAUUGAUAAAGUGGUUUUCUGUCUACUGAAUUUCAUUCUGUGGAGGUUAUUAAGCCAAUUUUGUUUACAUGUACUCGUCUUAGCUGUAUGUUCAUGAAGAAAUGUUCAUUGGUGUGCUGCAAUCUCAGUUUCAGUUGUUAAAAAUACAUUGAAACAUACUUAAGUAUCACCUUAAAUUUUAGUAUUACUCAUGUUGUUCAGUGUAUCAAUCUGUUACUUUCUAGAUGUAGAGUGAUACUGAUAUGACUGCAAGACUCAGCCUUUAUAAGCUAUUGAGAAGUAUGUAAUAGAAAUUAUUACAUGCAGCUGACGAGUAAGUGUUCAUAUACAAUACGGAGAAGGGCACUGCCUCUUUUGCAUUUAAAAUUAUCACUUUUUUCUAUUACUGUCUACAGUUUUAGUGGGCAUAAGUCUGAUUUCUUGGGAGGCUUUUAUUUUCUUGCUUCUUUUUAAAACAAACAUGUUCCUGCCUUUCCUGUUUCUCCCUUCUAUUGGAAUACUGAUAAUAACCUUCACAUUUGAAAUAAACUGGCAAUUAACAGAAAAGCGCUCCAAGUUCGUAACAUAUUAGUGUAGAAUGUAUUCUUUGGUGUUAAGGAGCAGAAUAGUUUUAAUAGCCUCUCACAUAGUCAGAAGCAAGGAGGAGCACGAUAUUUCACUGGUUUUGCUGCUUCCUUUUAGCUCUUCUUGUCUUUUCUUUUUCUUACAGGCUUACUUCCACUGUCUUCCACUUCCCUCUUGCUAGUCCUCUUUUUGCCACCAGUUACUGAUUUUGUGUGGAGAAGAGCAGGGCUUCAGGAGGAAAGAACAAUUUUGCUGCCAUUAAAAUAUACUUACACAAAGAUCAAGAACUGUUUUCCCCACAGGGAGGAUUUGACACUCACUUUCAUUUUGGGACUUGUUAUAACUUUAUGUAUGUUAUUAUGAAGAUAGCAACUAAUAGAAAGUGGUUUGUUUGUUUGUUUUUUGGGGGAGUGAGGACUGGGUUUAAUUUUAUAACUGAAAUCGAGACUUGCAAGUGAAUCAUGAAGUAAUAACAUGUUCUUUCUGUAUUUAUAGCCAUCUUGAGUGGGACUCUUCAGAAACAGUGCAGAGUUUUCAAACAAUUUAACAUCAGCUGUUUUCUUUCGCCAGUUUAGUUACAUGCUUUAAAAAUGCAACGUAUAGUUCCUGUAUGAUGAAAUCCUGAAGAAACAGUUUGAUGCCCAUGUAUUUACUUCUAAAAAAAUAUAACUGUUAGUAGUAGUAAUAGCAUGUUGGGUAGAAGUUUGUAACUUCAAAUAUAUGUCAUUAUUGGCUUUCAGGAAGAACUGUUAAACACCUGGAGCAAUGUUAUUUUGUUAAACAUCCAUUGUAAGCUGGUCGUAGUCUCAGUUGCUGGUAUUAACUGAAAUAGUCAUCCAGUUAGCUCAGUCUGUAAAGGAUUUCACUUCAAAAUAAUAAAA